AUGCUAAAAAUCCGCCAACUUCAAAAACAACGGCAGGAGCAAGCUGCUCUGGGGGCGCUGGACGCUGCUACCAAAGUCCCAGCUGCUCAACUUCGUUUACAGAAGGACAUUACCGAGCUUGAUCUCCCACCAUCGAUUGCCACCGAGUUUGCUGAUCCGCUGGACUUAUUCCACUUCAAACUUCAUCUUAAGCCCCAACAAGGGUACUACGUUGGCGGUACCUUCGACUUUAGCGUUGAAAUCUCACAAAACUUUCCCAUUGAAGCUCCCAAGAUCAAGUGCUUGAAUCGCAUAUAUCAUCCCAACAUUGACAUCGAUGGUAACGUAUGCCUCAACAUUCUACGUAAUGAAUGGCUGCCGGCACUCAAUCUUAACUCAGUCAUUAUAGGUUUGAACUUUUUAUUCUCCGAACCGAACCCUAAUGACCCUCUCAACAAGGAUGCUGCCAACGUGUUGGUGAGAUCGCAAAAACGUUUUGCUGAGAACGUGUUGUAUUCUAUGCGUGGUGGAAGUGUUGAUAAGAUUUACUAUGACAAUGUUAUACACUGA